UAGCCUCCUAGUCGAUAAGAUAACAGCAUACAGGUUCUAUGAUAUUAAUGCAGUAUCUUUUCCAUUUCAAAGAAAAAUGUACUAUUCACUAGCGAGCGCUGUGUUAUUGUUUGUAUGCAUCCUAGUUUCAUCGUGUUACGCACAAGAUGUCGAUAACACAAAAACUUGUGACAUUACCAAGCGUGACGACAUCAACCUAACAGUAAAUUGUUCAAGAAGAAAUUUCGACAGUAUUCCAAAAUGGCCAUUGGAAAUAAAUCAAAUAGACAAAGAUGGGCACGUGCUGAUAACAUUCUUCAACAACAGCAUAACAAACGUGACAGAGGUGCCGGCGAUCCCCGGCAGCCGUAUCGCCAUUAGCUUCAAGCACAACAGGAUCAUAGAGAUCGAGAACGACGCAUUCAAGAAUUUGGAGCGGCUGGUUUAUUUGGAUCUAAGCAAAAAUAAAAUAUCAGGGGAUGUAUUGAGAACAGAAAUACUUCGUGGUUCAUACAAUAAUAACAUAUACAAUAACAUCGCUUUGGAGACCCUGAAUCUUGCUCACAACGAGAUACAUUCGCUGGACAGAUAUCUUUUCCAGCAUACGCCGAAUCUGACUCGCCUAUAUUUGAACAAUAAUCCCAUUGAGAUACUCGACCACGUCACUGUCCUUGCAAUAUCGAGCGCUACAAAUUUAGAGGUUCUAGAUUUGUCGCAGACGGAGAUAGACAAUAUACCGGUGGAAACUUUCAAAAGUCUUAAGAAGUUACAGCAGCUCGACUUGUCUGGCAACAAGUUCACUAUGGUACCCGAAAGCUUGAGUCUCAUCGGCAUUAGUCUUAAGUUUCUGUCUUUCAACAAUAAUCCUAUCGCGGAAUUAAACGACGACAGCUUCAUUGGUUUGACCAACUUGAUAGAACUUGAAGUGGCUGAAAACAGCUAUCUGGACGAGGUGAAACGAAGCACAUUCUCUCCGCUCAAGAACUUGAGAGUACUUCACUUGUGCCACAAUCGAAAUCUCAGAUACAUAAGCCAUAACGCUUUCAGGGGCUUAAAAGAUAAGUGGACAUUGAAAGAAGUAUAUCUGGAUGACAAUGACUUAAGUGAAAUAUCACCGGAUCUAAUGCCAUGGGACAAGUUAGAUACUUUGGGCAUGACUGGCAAUAGCUGGUUAUGUAACUGCGAUCUUGCUGAUGUUGUCACACGUCAGGGAGCUGGGCACAAGUUUAAAACUGGUGAAAUUCCAUUCUGUGCUGCACCUCUAAGACUUAGUGGGGAAUAUAUCACAAACAUUACAUUAUCAUUUUGUCCAACAUUUGAUAAAACAUUUUCUAACAAAAAAAGAUUUAGUAUCACAAGCCUGAAGCCGAAACAAGUACUAUGGAGCAUAUUCGGUGUGGCAAUAGUAGUCUGCAUAGGAAUAGCAAUCGGUUGGAUGGUUAAGGGUAUCAAAUCAAUUUAUAAGAAAAAAAUAAGAAACCAACCUGUUCCCUACAUAAACUUAAACUCCAAUUCUUAUGCCUAAUCAAGGGAAUUAACAAUAAUUUAGUGUUCAGAAUAACACCUGUUAUUGUAAAGUAUUAUAUUCUUUAUUAAAUGUAAUGUAGUAGUGUAUAAUUCUCUAAUAAAUAACUUAAGUUUU